AAAGCCUCGUAAUCGAAACGAGAUAAAGACCACUUGUUAUUGCAGAUGACGGACAUUUUGUAUCCUAGCUUUUUUGCAGACUUUAUUAUAGUUUGGUUUGCUAUCGAUGGCUGGGAUGAACAAUCGCGAAAAGCCAACAUACCUCGAACAUUUUGUCAGACCUAAGAAUGUUCCUUUUUAUGGACCCAAACAGAAGGAAAAUGGCAAAUUUAUUGGCAGUGGCCUAGAUGCAAGGAAAUUUUACGAAGAUCUAGUAUCAGAAGGAGAGGCAGAAAACAAAAAAGACGAACUUACUUUAGAGAAACUUAAUCAAGCUGAUGUUAAACUACAUUCAGGUUUUUCAAAGGGCAAAUCUCGAUUUGCUGCAACACACACAGACACUCGGCGAAGUGAAGACGACAAAAAAUCAGGCUUAGAGAAUGGAGAGAUUCAUAGGCUCAGGAUGAGAAGAGAAAAUGAGAGACACUUUCAAACGAAAAACAGCCUUUUCCAAGCAAUUACAGUCGGUAACAUAGAAAAGGUUAAAGAAAUCAUAUCAUCUCGAUCUAGCUUGCUUAAUAUUGAGGACGAGUAUGGGUGGAGCCCACUUAUGAGUGCAGUAGCUGCUGGCAAUCUUAAAAUUGUGAAAUACUUUGUAGAAAAUGGUGUAGAUAUUUAUGAAAAGAAGGACUUAGCUGGCUAUAAUGCCUGGGACCUUGCAAUACGAUUCAACCAUCAAGAAAUAAUUGACUUUUUUGCAGAUAGGAGAGUAAAACGAGAGUGUAAAUACUAUGAAAACAAAGAAGAUUGUGCAAAUGGUCAAGGUAACAAUAUUAAUGAAGACAAUGCCUUCUGUAAUAUAUGCAAUAUAAGAGUAAUUUCAAGCCAGUUGAAAAAGCACGAAUCAUCAUUGAGCCAUUUAUUCAAUUUGUAUAAAGAAGAAAAAACACCAACAUCUUAUCAAAUUGGAAGUAGUAACAUUGGGUAUAAAAUGUUGAAAGAAGCUGGCUGGUCUGAGGAUAAAGGACUUGGUCCCGAAGGAAGAGGACAACAGUACCCAAUAGCAACCAUCUUGAAAAACGACAGAUCUGGUUUUGGACUGCGGGAUAAAAAGAGAAAGCGGGUAACCCAUUUCAAGGCUAAUGAUGCUAAAAGUGUGAAAGGAAGUCAACAGUCAACAUAUAGAAAUGGAAAAAAUCUUUUUAAAAAAGAAAAACAAAAAUUCCAAAAAAAGUCAAAACAAUGGGAAAGAAAUCUAAGGGCAUAUAUGAAUAGGGAUUGAUUAAAUUGUUCAGUUUUUGUGAAUUGUAAGAAUGUUUCAACCAAUAUUUAUGAUGAAAAAUGUAUGUUGUUUUUUAACUGUUAAUCAUUUAAUGCUGAAAUGUUAUCCAUACCCUUA